AUGUUUCGAUCCUUUUGGACCUUUUUGUAUUGGAUUCUAAGACCGUUUGUGAAGUGGUUUUUAAGAAAAACCACAAAACUGUGCGAACUGCAAAGGAUAUGUUAUGGUGAACGUGUGGGUGCUUGCCGUACUCUUGGUGUAGAGUUUUCGUUAUACCACUCGAGAAGUAAAGAAAUAAAGCAGCUUAUUGAGUAUUUGAAUAGAACAAGUGAUACUGUGUCUUUCACUGGAAGCAAUCAAGAAUAUGUUGUUCAGUAUGCUGUUCACACCAUUAUGCAAGUGAAGAAUAUUAAACCACAAAUACACCCUCAGUUAGGAAAGUCAUUAAGCACAUGUAUUGAGCAUAUUUGGGGUUAUAAACAAUUGAUCCAGGAAAUUGAAGCCCUACGUACAACCACAUAUGACUCAUCAAAAGAAGAACAUGAACAGAAAUUAUUGGCAUUGUGGAAUUUUUUGAUGCCUAAAGUACCUCUUGAAGCAAGGAUCACAAAACAAUGGCAAGACAUUGGAUUUCAGGGUGAUGAUCCAAAAACAGACUUUAGAGGAAUGGGUCUUUUGGGUUUAGAAAAUUUAAUAUAUUUUGCUCGAGAAUACCCAGGUGCAGCCCAGCAUGUUCUUUCUCAUUCUCAUCAUCCCCAGUAUGGGUACGCCUUUGCAAUAGUGGGUAUAAACCUGACAAGUAUGGCUUACUAUUUACUAAAAGAUGGAUCUGCAAAAACCCAUGUUUAUAAUGUGUGUAACAAGUUCCCCACAAUGAAAGUAUUUCAUCAGUUUUACUGUUAUCUCUUUUAUGAGUUUGACAGAUUCUGGAUAGAAUCCAAACCUAGAAAUGUGAUGGAUUUUACGUUCAUAAAGGAUAAAUUUGAAAAAUGUAUUCGCCUUAGUUUGGUAAAUCCAUCUACUGUUUUUAGAAUCAAUAUUUCUAUUGAUAACAUUUAA